AUGGACCGAAAGAGAAGGCGGGAGCUCCGCGAUCUGAAUGCGAAAGCUUGGAGUGGCGAGACCGACAUAUUCCCGGUCAGCAAGUCGCUUGACUCUGCGUUGAAGAAAAAUACGGCAUUUAUCAAGCGCCUCCGAACUGGAAUCACCGCUUCCGCACUUCCCACUUUUCUGUCGGACAUUCGCACCCUGUCGCUGCACAAAUACCUGUCUGAGAUCAUCUCAGCCUGCUAUGAGGGACUUUGCAAGCUCAAGUCCCCCGGCGAGGUGGCUGCCGGCGUGGAUAUCGUCAGUGCUCUCCACCAGCGAUUCGGUCCCGACGAAUUCACGAAACAGAUCGGUUGGCUAUUAGGACGAGGUUUGAGUAGCCCGGAUAAGUCUCAGUUAAAGGCGCUCAGUCAAGAAUUGCGCGACAGAGAGGAAAAGGAGCGUCUAUCGAGACACAGAGUUUUGCUCAGGGUUGUUACGGAGCUUUGGCUGGUGGGGGUCUUGAAGACUUUGGAUGAUAUUGAAAAGCCGGAGGACGUGGGUGUCAAAAGUCUGGAUGGAGCAGUCGCUGCUGCGAAAGCGGGCGAGGGCUCCGUGAAGGCCAAAGCACCACCAUCGGUACCGAAGGGAGAUCAGGACAAGGAAGCUGAGCCGUUCCCUCUGGAAGUUCUAAAGGAUCUUCUCGGGCAUGACCGGGAGCACGCAAACCUGCCACUGGCAGUGCUCUUUGUAAAAAGCUUCAGCUGGGAUAUCCUUGGAGUCAAACCACCUGAGGAGGGAAGGAAGACAGUUGAGACGGAUGGUGCCACGGCAACUACGGCACCCGAUACUGAAGCUGGAAACGAAUCUGCUGCUGAUUCAGGUGCUGAUGAUCCUCCGCUUACUCCAGAGAAGUUACAGUUGCGGUUCAAGAAUAUCUUGAACCGCUACCUAGAGGAUGUCAAAGCUCACGUUAUACGCGACCAGAAGUCCCUGGCAGCUCAAAGCCGCCGUAAUGCAGAAGCAUACGUGAAAAGUGGUGAGAUCUUUGAAGACCGCCAAGCAAACUUCGAAAAGCAAAGCAAGGCCCAUGAGAAGCUCGUUGCGAAUACGCAGGUCCUUUGCGAGGUUCUUGGAGCUGAGAUGCCUGAUCUGGUCGAGAAAGAGGCAACUGAUUCGGGGGGCAGCGGAAAUAUUGGUCUCGUUAAGACAGCUGAAUACCUGCGUGGCCUGGGAGAUGGAGCGGGUAUUUGGGAAGAUGAAGAGGAAAGGCGCUUCUACGAGAACCUGGUCGAUCUCAAGGGCAAAGUUCCCGCUAUUCUGCUGGAAGAUGGCAAGAAAAAGAAAGGCGAAGCAGACGACCAGACAAAGAAGAAAGCGGAGGCCGAACCAGCUACAGAUGCCUCGACAGAAAAGCCUGAGCCAUCCAGCCAAGCUCAGCCUACCGAACCGAAGCCUGCAGUGGUGGACGAUCAAUCUACAGCCAUUGCCAACAAGACCGUGGGUGCCCAAGUCGAUGCGCUACUGGCAAAGCUCCCUGAACUCCAAACAAAAGAUCAGGUCGACCAGUUGGCGCUAGACUUCUGUUUCCUCAACUCCAAAGCAUCCAGAAACAGAUUGAUCAAAGCAGUUCAGGACGUUCCUAAAGGUCGCACUGAUCUCUUACCUCUCUAUUCGCGACUGGUGGCCACGUUGGGACAGCAUAUGCCAGAUGUGACUCAAGGCUUGAUUUCUUAUCUCGAUGAGGAAUUUCGCAGUCUCCAGCGCCGGAAACAGAAAGAGUUUUUGGGCCAAGUUAGAACGAUCAAUAUUAGAUAUCUGGCGGAGUUGACAAAGUUCGGUGUCGUACCUGAACAUGUUAUUUUCCACUGUUUCAAAGUCAGCCUCGACGACUUCUCGCGGAUGAAUAUCGAAAUUAUCGGCAACCUCCUGGAGAACUGUGGUCGAUAUCUACUUAGGAACCCAGAGACUUCGCCUCGAAUGGCCUCGUUCUUAGAAACCCUUAGUCGGAAGAAGACGGCAACGCACUUGGGACAACAGGAACGGAUGAUAAUCGAGAAUGCUGUGUAUUACGUCGACCCUCCACAGCGCCCAGCUAUCCAACAGAAGGAACGCACGCCGAUGGAGUUAUAUAUCCGCAAGCUGAUCUAUCUGGACAUGAACAAGCGCAACUACACGAAGAUACUGAAGUCCAUCCGGAAGCUCCAUUGGGAAGAACAAGAGGUCGUCAACAUCCUCGAGCGAGUAUUCAGCAAGCCGGGGAAGGUGAAGUAUGGUAACAUCCAUCUACUUGCGAUCCUUGCAAGCGCAUUAUACCGGUACCACCAGGACUUCGUUAUCGGUAUCGUGGAUAAUAUCCUGGAGCGUAUCACGUUGGGUCUGGAACAGAACGACUUCAAGUUUAAUCAGAAGCGCAUCGCUGAGGUCAAAUAUCUUGGAGAGCUGUACAACUAUAAGAUGAUUGAUUCUCCAGUCGUGUUCGACACUCUCUAUCGGAUAGUAACAUUCGGCCACGAAGGCGGUACUCCUACUCCUGGCAAGAUUAAUCCCCUAGAUAUGCCCGAUGAUUUCUUCCGAAUCCGCUUGGUGUGCACGUUGCUGGAUACAUGCGGUGUCUGCUUCGAUCGUGGAUCUGCAAAGAAGAAACUAGACUUCUUCCUGACUUUCUUCCAGUAUUACAUCUACACCAAGGAUCCGUUGCCGAUGGAUGUCGACUUCCUCUUGCAAGAUACAUAUUCCUUGACGCGACCCCAGUGGAAGAUCGCCUCUAAUCUGGAAGAAGCUACUCGUCUAUUCGGAGAAGCAGUCGCCCAGAACUACAAGCUGCAAGAUGCUGACAAGAAUGCUGAACCUGAGGAGGAUGAUCUGGAAAGCAUAGGGUCUGACGAUGGUCUCGAAGACGACAUCGUUCCGGAAGCAGAAGAGGACCAAUCCUCGAGUGAGGAGGCUGAGGCCUCUGGCGCAAAUGCGGAGCAGAAUGAAGACAGCGAGUCUGAAGACGAAGAACAGAUCUUUGUCAAACGUCAAGAAGAGGAACGCGAUCCCGAAGCGGAAGCAGAUUUCGAUAAGGAGUUUGAAAAGAUCAUGGCAGAGAGUCUUGAGUCGAGAAGGUUUGAACGCAAGGCGAUGUUCGAUGUGCCCCUACCCAUGAAACGACCUGGGCGGGAGUCUUCCACUACAGAUAACCCUGAAGGCUCCCAGGCACCGCCCAGCACGAUGGCUUUCUCCCUAAUGACCAAACGGGGAAAUCGGCAACAGACUCGAACGAUUGAUCUACCCUCGGAUUCUAGCUUUGCAGUUGCGAUGAAGAGCCAACAACAGGCGGACCGUGAAGAACAGCAACGGAUCAAGAACCUGGUUUUGAACUAUGACUUGUCGAUGGACAAUGACAACGAUGGUGAAGACGACCUUUCAUUGGACCCACUUCUUCAGAGGAACCCAAAUACUAAAGGCAUUAAAGGACUUGAGAAGCGCAGUUCUCACCGCGACACCCGGAUCGAUAAAUCGAGCUCGAGCCGCGCCGCGUUCCGGUCGAGAAAGCUACAGCUCAGCGACGUUGACUGGUAUGACCACAAAAAACCCGGAUCUCGAUCUUCUGUACCCAAGGGCUCAAAAACAUAUGGCUAA